AAGGAAUUACUAAAAAUGACAGUGGGUAUAAGGCGGACUGGCAACGCUAGCCAUGUGUUUACAAGUGACUAUCGAAUCAGUUAUCGAUUAACCUGCAGCUGUAGACUUUUUGCCGUCGUGAGCAAAACUUUCAAGAUAUAUCUAAAAAUUAAUAAUAAAAACAGUAAGACUGACGCUCAGACUUUGAAGUCCAAGCAGAAGAAGCAAAGGCAACGCAAUCGACCGCGCAACAAACGAAAUCGCCUAGAAAAUAGCCAUCUAACGAAUCCAGAGACAUCAACCACCGAUUCCGCCAGUGCAAUGUCCGGAAAACAGGAUGGAAUGGCCUCAGAGAAGACACGAGACCAAAUAAUGGCUGAAAGGGAAGCGAAAAAGAUGGCCAAACAGGCCAAGAAACAGAAUAAGCCGGUGACACAGGCCACUUCGACUACCUCCGCUACUCCUGCCACCAAAAUUAUCACUGAGGUGGAGCACACGACCAUAACCACGAAGCUGACAACCACCACCACAACAAAAGUCCAGGAGAAAUCGGAUUCAGUAGUUCCAAAGCCAGCUCAGUCAACAUUGGUAAAUGGCAAGGAUGCGGAGGCUGGUGAAAAGACACGGGAGCAAAUCAAGGCUGAACGUGAGGCAAAGAAGGCUGCCAAAAAAGCGGGUAAGGGCGGAGCAGCUAAAAUUGAGGCCGCAACCCAACAGCUGGCUGAUCUAAAAGUGGCAGAAAAAGCUUCAGAAACAGUUAAUGCAGUACCUGUAGCUACAAACGCUGAUCAGGAGAAGAAAAAACCAGCACUUAGCAAGGCAGAGCGACGGGCCAUCCAGGAAGCUCAACGUGCAGCCAAGGCGCAAGGACAGGUAAAGAAAUCCCAAGCAAUUGGCAAGAGUGCUCCCCUUGGUCCUCCCAAGGAACCUAAGCGGGAAAGCGUCUCGCCAACCAAAACAGCCACAAGCAGCUCACCCACCAAAUGUCCAGCGAGCACUCCAAAUGGAGAGUGCCGGGUAAAGCUGUUCAAUCAUCUUGUGUGCGCCAAGGAAUAUAGCCAGUUCAUCAAUGAUCCGCUCAUCCAUCCAAGCAUAGCACGUUUGGGUGUUCAGUACGCCAAGCGUACAGUGGUCGGGUCCAAUGCCCGAUGCAUUGCCUUCCUUCACGCGCUGCGUCAAGUGGUCCACGACUUUGAGACACCUGCCAAAAAAGAGUUUGGUCGCAGUUUAGACACUGUGGUGAAAUACCACGUAGACCACCUGCACAAGUGCCGGCCACUGGCUGUUUCCGUGUCCAAUGCAUACAAACAAUUCAAAAAUCAACUUACUCAACUACCAGCGGAUAUUCCUGAAACGGAACUAAAAGAGCUUCUCAGCCACUUCAUCGAUACUUAUAUUGAAAAUCAAAUUGGAAAGGCCGCCCAAGCGAUAAGUGGUUUCCUGCAAGAAAAAAUCACUGAUGGUGAUGUGCUGCUAACCUUUGCCUGCUCUUCCCUCAUCCAGUUCAUCUGCGAAGAGGCUAAGCGGCGCCAGGUUGCCUUCCGGGUGAUUGUCGUCGAUUCCCGGCCCGGAUGCGAAGGUCAGGAAAUGCUGCGCCGACUGCACGCCCAUGGAAUCCCAUGCACAUAUGUGCUGAUCAACGCGGUGGGCUAUGUAAUGGCCGAAGCCACCAAGGUGUUGUUGGGGGCACACGCCUUGCUGGCCAACGGGUAUGUGAUGGCGCGAACGGGAACUGCCCAGGUGGCCCUGGUGGCCAAUGCCCAUAAUGUACCCGUACUUGUUUGCUGCGAGACGCACAAAUUCAGCGAACGCUUCCAGACAGACGCCAUCGUCUACAAUGAGCUGAGUGAUCCCAAUCAACUGGUGCGCGGGGACAAGUGCCAGCUCAACAAUUGGUCUGCUAAGGGCAAGCUAAUGCCCCUCAACCUUAGCUACGACAUUACUCCGCCGGAACUGGUUAGUGCCGUGGUAACCGAAGUGGCUAUCCUGCCCUGCACCAGUGUUCCGGUCAUUCUGCGCAUCAAGCCCGAUAUUGGCUACUAAUCAGACUUCUUUGUUCUCUCAGUAGAAACUCGCAGUUGUUGAAUAAAUAAUUUUUAUUACACUUUGAUCAAAACGAUAAACAA